AUGGUACACAUAAAGGCACAAUGCCUAUUGGCGGCGGCCUACAUCGCGGUCGCUGCCGCUGCUACGUGCUCCUCCGACCUCCUAGUAGACGAUUUGUCCAACUCUUUUUCAACAAACCGAAACAAUCUCGGUUCGUGGACUUCAGACGAUGGUACCAUGGCCAGCAUCUCCGCGGCCGAUGGUAUCCUAAGCUUCACCCCCAAGAGCGGAGCUUACUACUAUGACACGUUUCCAUGCCAGGCGCUACAAACCGAUUCCUACUCCCACGUACAGUUUGACAUCAAGGCACCUGCUUCGGGCGCUGCCUUUACAGCCGAACUCAAAUGGGCCUCGAGCUGUUCGGCAACGACCACUACGAAAACGUCGUUUAGAGUCACAGCCCUUACAGGGGGCUGGCAGACAGUCCGCGUUCCAUUGAGUAGCUUUGCAGGGGCGAAUCUAAACGCGGCUCUCUCUAUCAUCAUUGGGUCCUUUUCUUCUACCCAGCAGUGGCAAUUGGAUAAGGUCUCUUUUGUUUGUGGCCAGACGCCAACAACCCUCACCACCACUACUAUUCCUGCCAUAUCAACAACUACAGCUACCUCAAGGGCAUCCUCUACGACCCAAUCCAAUUCUCCGUUGUGCUCUCCGCUCUUAGUGGAUGAUUGGGCCUCACAGUCGCGCAUUAGCUUCCUACAAUACAAUGCGCUCCUACUGCCGACCGGUGAUGAUGGCACAAUGCAAUCCAUGAUCGUUAACAAUUACCAUGUGACUUUGACGCCAAAAUCCACUUCGGCUUACUUCUACAGUCAGGUCGGAUGUGUAGAUGCGACAAAGUAUGGCGGUAUAUCGCUCUGGAUCAAGGCUGCGGCGGGAACCACAUUCAAAAUUGAGCUGUCUUCCAAGACGACAUGCGACGGCGCGGCGACAGCAUCAUCGUCCCAAACAACGGCUCAACUGGGGUGGACAUUUGACGGAACUGAGAAACUAUACAGCUUCCCCUGGUCAAAGUUUAGUGGCAUCAACCUAACAAAGCUGAGGUCGAUCGUGCUGUCCUCGCCAAGCCAAGCCAUCACCCUGGGCCCAUUAUCACUCUACUGCGGGGGUACUCCAACUGGCUGGCCAGUGCCCACGAGUCCAGGCCCAGCAACACCAACGGAAACCGUUGCGGCACCGCCUGCUACGGUCUCGGGAUUCGUUAUUGACACUUUUAACAACCCGAGCACAAACUCUCUUGGGUUCUGGCAUGGCGGCGAAGAGAUGAACCUUAGCUGGGGCUCCAACCGUCUCACUGUCGCUGCUCCAGGUCCCGAUUACGCCUUCACCACCUUGAUCAGCGGCGGCUGUCGAGACUUGCGCAGCCACAGCGGCUCGUACUUACACAUCGCUUUCUCAGGUCACACUAAAUUCUCCGUCUCAUUGCAGCAGCAUAAUUCGCAAUGCAACGACGGUGUGGCGCCAUAUCCCGAAACAAGGGAUAGUCUCGAAGCCGCCCGUUACGCCAAGGGGAACAGUAUCUACAUCCCCAUUUCGCACUUCAACAUCAACCUACAGCGUGUGAGCAGCGUCGCCAUUAGGGGAGUAUAUAGCACAGAACCCGUCGUCUUCACCAAGAUUGAGGUUGUCCCCUCCAUCCCCUCAGACGUAAAAAUCCCCACAAAGCUUCCUUCAGGCACCCUUGUCUUUGCCUGCACACGACCAAACUCGUUUGCGUUCGGCAUCGACGAUGGCAAUCCGAGAUACGCCGCAAGAUUGGCACAAAUCGUACGCGACGCGGGCAUCAAGGUUACCUUUUUCGCCGUCGGCGCCGUGCUGGAAGACACAUCCACAGGUAUGGCCAGUCUCUAUCAGCAGUUGAAGAGCGAAGGCCACCAGAUUGCGCUGCAUUCCUACACACAUCCAAGGAUGGAGGGGCUUCCAAACACAGAGAGUAUCGACUGGGAGUACAACGAGGAUUAUAGAGUUAUGACCAAAAUAUUUGGCGAGAAAUCUAACUAUUUCCGCCCACCUUAUGGUGUUGAAGGCGCGCGUAUGCGUCAGCGCUGGGCGGCCGCCUCGGGGUCGACGAAUCCUUACCUCAUCAACUGGAGCGUUGAUGUUCAGGACUGGUUGUGGGCUGAGACAAGCACGCCGGAGAAACAGCUUGACGCCUUCAACUCUGAUGUUGCAAAGGGGGGUAACCUGGUCGUCAUGCACUUUUCGUACAACUCGACGGUCAACUACUUCCCAGAGUUCAUCAGGCAGGCCAAGGCGACUGGCAAACAGAUCAUGCGAAUUGAUCAGUGCAUGGAGGAUCCGAAUGCGCCGCCACUCUGA